AUGGUGAACUUCGUCAGAUCUCCCGCCUCUUCGGCGUCAUGCACCUGGCACCUUCUGCUCGUUUCUAUCGGUGCAAUCCUCAUCGUCGUGACGACGAUCGACAUCUACUUGCGCGUUCUCUCGCCGCCAGGGGAGUCGAACUCGAUCGCCAUGGCCAAGACGAUGCCGAAAUUGUUCCCUUCGGGUCCGCAUUCGAUCCCUCACCACGGUGAACCAGAUGAUCACUCCCAGAGCGACAACACAGUCGGCUCCGUCUUUCGCGUGAUUGAGAUUCUGGAGGAUCUGGGGCCUGCAGGCGACAAGGCGUGGGACACGCUCCUUUUCCCCGAGAAGGGCGGAUACGUCUAUGUCAAGACGAACGAUUCCUCAGCGGAUCCAGAGCCAUGGGGAGUGGCGAUGUUCCACGGUCUGCAUUGCCUGAUGAUGCUCCGCGCUACAAUGCAGGAGGGUCAAGGAACGAUGCAGGAGAUGCAGGAUCACGGGCGUCAUGACCACCUCACCCGUGACCUCGAUGUCCUCUCUCCUACGCAUUUGAAGCAUUGCUUGUCGUAUAUUGCUCAGAGCCUCAUUUGCGCCGCCGACGGAACACUGGAACCUCCCCAUAUCGCCUAUGAUGACAAUGGCCAUGUUAUUAAGUAUACUGUAGAUGGGAUGGUCUUGCAGUCAGAGAAGGAGCCACUUGAUCGUUGGGAACACAAGCGAGGAGAUACGAUUGACAGUUUGUGGGGAUGA